AUGCGGUUUUCUGAUGAGGCCAAGUGCCAUAUUUGCAAGCGAAUCUUUUGCUGCGGCAAAUGCCGCCAAAAACACCAGUUCGAAACACACGCCAUUGCAAUAAGCCAACCGAUGGCCCAGCACAGGGAUACGGUUGCAUUUGGCACUGAGAUUGAAGUGAAAACGACAACCAUCUAUGUGUUUUGUCCGAUCUGUGAGCAAAAACCGUUGACGCUGCGCGAGGAGAUGUACACGGAGCUGCUGGCCCACAUCGAGAGCGUGCACCUGCCAUUGCGCUGUCGCAAGUGUCUGCGCCACUAUACAAAGAUCGACGAUUUAAAAGAGUUCAGCAAAUGCAUCGAUUUGGGCCAGGACUGCAGUUCCGCUAGCUCGGCUCAGAACCUAAGCUGCGACACAGACGCUUCAAAGGUAACGGUUAAAAAGGCAAUAGUGGCUGCCAACACAAUAUCGACUCAGACAUCACCCAACAUAGCGAAAGACAUGAACGAAACACAGCAUCACCUUAACCUUACGCCCAUAUCGCUGUUCAAUCUACGCUGGAAAGCCAAGAGUCGUCUGCAACAGGACGAGUUCAUCAGCGACAGCGUCUCUUCAAUACGAAAUCUGUCCUCAGACAGUGUAAAUUUGUUGGAGCAACAGCGUCGCAGCAUUGGGCAAGUGUCUGCGCCGCCAGAUAACGCACGCAAGGAUAAGGGCAAAGUUAUACGAUCCACUUCGACGCCAUUGCAGGUCUAUACAGUGUUCGCUAAGCCCAAGGAGACACUUACUUUUAAUGCAUCGGCCGUUGGCGGCGGUCACAUAUCCAGCAUUCAUCACAGUGGCUGCGUGCUGGACGAACAAAACACGGCCCCGCCUUCUGCGCCAGAUAACAGUCAUCUACUGCCGCCGCCGUCGCACCAACAGCGCACCUGGAAGGUUGGCGGUCGCGGCAAGAUGAGUGCUGUGACGCCACUGCGUCAGGUUAUGUCUAAGAGCAUACAAAAGGCAUUUGUGGAGCAUGGCGUCGGAAUUCUGGCCACCCAAGGCGACCAGCAACGCAUGCGCCUUGAUUUGAGCGAGAACAGCUCGCCAAAUGCCGGCUUACCAUUGGAUCUGCGUAUGUCACCAGUCCUUCGGCGUACGCAGAGCGAAGACAGCAGGGAAACCGAAAAUGGGCGCAGUUCGAUUGGCCCUGCAGAACCCUACCAGAUACUGCUGUCCGCUCAGAAGCUCACUAGAGAAUCCAUUAUCAUAACACGUACUCAGCACUCCGGUAACAGCGGCUCGUUGCCCGCAUCUAUGUCUAGCGCCAGCACCACCAGCACCGUUUAUAAUUCAUGCGAGAGCGUGGAAAUAAUCACCGCCUCCUCAUCUACUGCCGAACUAAGCGCCAAUAUAAAGCAAGCGAAUGUCAAUUGCAUCGUGAAUGUGCCACCAAUAACGCCCAUUACUCGCAUACCUGGCGCCAUAAUCAACAAGAAGCUUAUCAAAUUUGAGACACCGCAAAAACAGGAUAUUCAAACAACACAAGCGAUUGAGUCCACGCCGGACGACAAGGAAAUCUUUUAUACCCCUAAUCCGAGCACUAGUCCAUCAGCUGCCCACGGCAGCCCAAUUGCUGACCCUGACCCCAGCAACAGUGCGCGACGGAGGCAGCAGAUUGUGCCGCGCCAGCUGAGCGGCCAAUUCUCGCCGCAGGUGAAGAAGCCACAGCUGCCGCGACCUCAGGGACCACGGACGCGUCCUCCCUUGCGCGUGUGUCACAAUCAAAAGUCCUUUAGCUGCGUGCAGGAUAUCGGCAGCGACGAUGAGGACGAGGUGUUCCUGCCAAACAGCGCAUCUACGCAUAACGACAAGAAGCGCCCAACUGUGGGCACUAAGUCGGAGACAGGACGACUUUGGUCACUGAUGUCAUCUGUCAUGCGCUUUCCAAUGAGAUCGCUGAGAACUGAUCGCUAUUCCAGCAGCGCCGACAAUGAGAACGCCCCUACCACUUCCGGUUCGCUAAUCAGACGCUGUGCCUCCAUUGCUGGUUCAUUGGUUCGCACCAUUCAUGCUCAUGAUGGUGAUGAUAUGCAGAGCUUGAAACGAAAACGUACCCAAACGCUGGACAGUGCGUACUGUAAUCCAUUGUCACCGACUAACUCCUCGAAGCGUUUGCGUAUACAGCCAAGGAAACCAAUCGACCGCAUGCGCAAGAAUUAG